AUGGAAAGCAUCAUUCCAACUCUGAUCUCAUCUAAUCAGUCUGGUUUUGUUAAAGGUAGAAGUAUAUUUGAAAACAUUCUCCUCACUCAAGAGAUUGUUUCAGAUAUUAGAUUAAGGGGGAAACCAGCCAAUGUGGUGAUUAAACAAGAUAUGGCCAAGGCUUAUGAUAGAGUUUUUUUUCAAUCUUCAAGAGGGGUGAAGCAAGGAGACCGAUUAUCACCAACCUUAUUCUUAUUAUCAGCUGAAGUACUUUCAAGGGCUUUGAACUCUUUAUUUAGUGAUAGUAGAUUUAUUGGAUAUGGAAUUCCAAAAUGGUCUUAUCCUAUGAAUCAUCUUGCUUGUGCUGAUGACACUAUUAUUUUUACUUCUGCUGAUACAUAUUCGUUGAGGUGCAUCAUGCAAAUCUUAAGGAAGUAUGAACAGGUUUCUGGGCAAGUCAUUAAUAAUGAUAAAAUUUCUUUUUAUAUGUUCUCAAAGGUGGGCACAAAGUUAGUGCAGAGGGUAGGGGAGAUUACUGGUUUCUCUAAAGGACGAUUUCCUUUCAUAUACUUAGGGUGCUCUAUUUUUCAUGCUAGAAAGAAGAAGGUCUAUUACUCAGAUCUCAUCAAGAAGGUGAAAGGAAGAUUGCAUUCAUGGAAACGGAAGCUUUUAUCUUUUGGAGGAAAGGCUGUCUUAAUCAGAAGUGUGCUUCAAAGCAUGCCAAUCCAUUUUCUAUCAGUUUUGGCACCACCUUAA